AUGGCGGCCGAGGACCAGACUCCUUGUACCAAGCCCCGCCCCGACAAGGCAAAGAAGCGGAAGAAGCCCAAGAGGGACAAGUGGGGCCAGCCUAUCGCCGCCGCCGCCGCUGAGGAGCCGUCGGUGGAGCCGGAAAAAGAGCACCCGGCGGUGGAAGUUGAGGCGGCGGUACAGGUGGAGAAGGCGGCGGAGGAGGAGGCGACUGCGGCGGCGGAGGGCUAUGAGCCCGGCAAGGUGGUGGCGAGCGGCUUGCCCUACACGACCACCGAGGCGGACAUCCGGAAGCUGUUCGAGUUCUACGGGCCCCUCCAGUCGGUGCAGCUCUCUCGCUUCCCGGACUCCGGCAACUUCCGCGGCCUCGCCUUCAUCUGCUUCGAGUCAGAAGAAGAUGCAAUAAAGUCUCUUGAGCUUGAUGGAUUCAAAAUUGGCCUCAGAUAUAUGAGGGUUGAAAGGUGCAGGGUGACGGCCACCUCAAAUAAGAAAAGGAAGGCAGAGUUCCAAACCGAUCCCAAGAAGUCCAAAGGCUGCCUCUCGGCUUAUGUUGGCAAUCUCUCAUGGAAUGUCACUGAAAAGGACUUGCGAGAUUUCUUCAGAUCAUCGAAGAUUGCAUCAGUAAGAUUCGCCAUCGACAAAAGAACCGGAGGUUCUCGCGGCUUCUGUCAUGUCGAUUUUCAAGACGACGAAUCGCUCGAGAGAGCCGUAGCGAUGAAUCAGUCUGAACUGCAGGGUGCUGUACUUGGGCCUGUUCAUUUGGUUGGGUCUUUGGUCUUUGGUUUGGCCUUUGGUGGUCUUUGGUUUUCUGUGAGAGAAAAACACCGCUGGUUGUGGCUUGGUUUAAAUUUGGUUGAAAAGCAAAUGUUUAAUGGGGACGCCAACCUGGGACACUUCACACCUGUGCUGCUGCCGGCCGAAUUGCUCCUUGAAGUUUGUAUGUACGCUGUGACCUGUUGGGCAUCAUUGCGUUUGCCCGAUCUGAGCAAAGAAACAAAGGUGCGCGACGAAGACUCGGCACAUCAUAAUGCUGGAGUGCACGGCCGGCAACCCUCGUUCGACGGCACGAGCGGGUCACGGUCAUUUGACGAGUGA